GUGUGUGUGUGAUAUAGUUUAAAUUAUAUAAAAAGUAAUAGAAAUGGAUUCACAGAUUGCUCAACGAACAUUUGAAUUGCAAAAUAGUAUUGAAUCUGUAAACAGCGUUGAUGAAAUUUAUAAGUACAGUCAUCAGCAACAACAAGAAAUACUAAAUAAAAAACCCUGGACAAAAGACCCACACUACUUUAAACAUGUGAAAAUCUCAGCAUUAGCUCUAUUAAAAAUGGUUAUGCAUGCUCGUUCUGGUGGAAACAUUGAAAUAAUGGGAUUAAUGCUUGGUAAAGUGGAUGGAAAUACAAUGAUAGUAAUGGAUUCAUUUGCACUUCCUGUGGAAGGAACCGAAACUAGGGUUAAUGCACAAGCAGAAGGUUAUGAAUACAUGACACAAUAUGUAGAGUCUUCAAAAAUGGUAGGACGUCUUGAAAAUGCUAUAGGUUGGUAUCACUCGCAUCCAGGAUAUGGUUGUUGGUUAUCAGGAAUUGAUGUUAACACACAGAUGCUUCAUCAGCAGUUUCAGGAGCCUUUUGUUGCUAUAGUUAUAGAUCCAACUAGAACAAUUUCAGCAGGAAAAGUUAACAUUGGUGCUUUUCGAACAUAUCCAAAGGGUUUCAAACCUCCAGAUGAAGGCCCCUCUGAAUAUCAGACAAUACCUCUUAGUAAGAUAGAAGAUUUUGGUGUACACUGUAAAGAAUACUAUUCAUUGGAGAUGUCAUAUUUCAAAAGUUCUUUAGAUCAAAAACUAUUAGACUCAUUAUGGAACAAAUAUUGGGUCAACACACUUGCUUCUUCAUCAUUACUGACUAAUGUUGAUUACAUAACAAAUCAAGUAAUGGAUUUAUCUGAAAAGUUAGAACAGUCAGUGAACCAAAUUUCUCGAUCGCACUUUAGUGUUUCAUUUGAAGCAAAAAAAGAGGAGGGGAAACUGCAGAAAGCAAAUAAAGAUUGCUGCAAAUUAAACAUUGAAGCAGUUCAUGGCUUGAUGAGUUUAGUUCUGAAGAAUACACUUUUCAAUACAGUUGGCAGCAGAACUUAGAAAUGUUUAUUGUUUUAAUAUUAGUUAAUAAUCGAUUUGUAACUAA